GCUGACCCCAUUUAUAGCUCUGACUAGAGCUCAUUACUUUCUCUCAGUGUACAGCUGGGUAUAACGACUGGCAAACCAGUGUUUACUGUUUAGAGGUGUUUUUAGCCGUUACGAGGACAAACACCGGUGUGAGUUCAGUGAAAAGUGUUAUAUUGGUGGUGGAAUCAUGUGUUCUUUAUCUUGGUAUGUUUCGUCAAGAAGCACUAUUAUUGGAGGAACUGGAAGGUGGAGUGGCCGUGCAGUUCUAGGCGCUACAGUCUAGAACCGAGUGACCGCUACGGUCGCAGGUUCGAGUCCUGCCUCGGGCAUGGAGAUCCUGGUCCUGGCGGUGUGCGUGGCGGCGGUGUCCUGCCAGCAGCAGCAGCAGCAGCAGCGCGAGAAGCGUGGCUUCUUGGGCGCCGGAGUCCUGGGCGCCGGAGUGCUGGCCGCCCCCGCGAUCGCCGCCCCCGCCGUCGUCGCCGCCCCCGCCGUCGCUGCCGUCGCCCCCGCCAUCGGCUACGGCUACGGCUACGGCUACCACGGCGGUGUGCACGGCGGACUGAUCCACGGCUGAACACCACCUCGCUAAUCUCCAUGUCUUUCUCGUCUGUGUUGCUGGCGUCUCAUUAAAGCAAAUUUUUGUACAAUACCA